AUUCAGAAUCACCAUCAGCAGAUGAACUCUUCAAGAAAUUUGUAAUGGCUGGAAUUGACGUUCAUCAACAUAAUCUAUCUGGAACAUAUACAUUAUUAUUGGCGGUUUCUCUUGGUGCUGAAGAUAUUGUAACAGUUAUUUUGGAUAAAGGAGAGGAUGUAAAUAUCGUGGAUCAGUCUGGAGAAACAUCGUUAACUAAAGCUAUUUCUUAUGGAUUAGAAGAUAUUGCCAAAUUGCUGAUACAUUAUGGAGCAAAUGUAAACCAGAUCUGCAAAAGAUCAACUAGAUUUCAUACAGAAAACAGCCGAGCCUGUAUUACGUUCGACAUUAGUAUCUUGGAGUCUGUGGAUGGGAUCAGUUAUAAAAGUGGGGACCAGUUUGAGAUGUCUAUAUUAUCGAAAGUGAUAACAAACAUUCCAUUGUCAUUUGCGAAAAGAAGAUAUUUUGCUAGUUUACUUUUAGAGCAUGGAGCUGAUCCUAAUUUAGAAAAGUGUGAUGUUGAUUCGUGUUUAAUGCACGCUGUAAGAUAUGGCGAUCCUGUGUUGGUAAAGACUCUACUUGAGGCUAGUGCAGAAACAAAUCAUAUUGGAAACAAUGGAUACACAGCUUUGCAUGUCUUUUUCUCAACAUUUCAUAGAUCUGCAGAAAACGGUUCAACAAUUCUCAAAAUGUUGCUCGAGAAUGGUGCAGAAACUAACGUAUCGUCGACUGACGGAGACCUGCCUGUUCACAAAGCUCUUUCAAAUUGCAAGAUACCCGAUAAAUUUUAUGACAAUCUAGGGGAUAUAACGACGAUAAUAGACUUAGCUAAAGAUUUAAAUGUACCGAACAAGAAUAAAAGUACACCAUUUCUAUAUAGCUAG